AUUACGAUGGAAAUCGCUGAGGAGACCGUUCCAGCUUUUGCUCGAGUGAGGAACUCGGUGCGCAUCAUCGUUGAAGACGCGACGACAAAAGAGAGCAAGUUGCUGCAUGUCGUGAAUACCAUCCUGGGAGAUUUCGGCCAUGUAAGAAAAGGCGAAAUUUUGGCAAUCCAGGAUUAUCCGAAAAGGCGGAUUUACGAUGUGACCUUUGUCGGAGAAGGUGUGUUUUCUAGCUUCUGGAAAAUUUAUUCAGAAAAUCGUGAAGAUAUUCGUCUUCGGGGAUAUAAGGUUAUCCCACAUUUCGCUCGAGAGGAAAUUCUACUGGUGGUAAAGUCCUAUUCACCCUUUGUAAUUCGGAAAGAGAUAGAGGUGGUGUUGAAUAGGUUUUGUGAAAAAGUGGAGUUCGUGGGAAAAGUUCUUAAUGAACUCGGUAUUUGGACCUCUAAGUUCAAGUACAAAGUUAAAUUCAAGAAAGGUUUGUACCCUCCGGCACGUUUUCGUUUAGGAAAUAUAAAUUUGGAUGUCUUUUUUCCUGAAAUGCCAGUUUUUUGCAAAAAGUGCCGUUCUUAUGGUCAUACAGCGGAAAACUGUAAUUUGUGCUCCAAUUGUGGUGAAGAUACACAUAUGACCAAAAAUUGUGUCCUUCAAAAGAGGUGUAACUUGUGUUUUCAAAUGGGGCAUUUAUAUGCAGGUUGUCCACAAAGAGAGAAAGUGGAAAGUCAAAAAUCUGUUCAUGAGGAUCUUAGUGCUUCUCCUAAUCUUGAAGUUUUUGCUGAUCCGGUGUUAAGUUUUGUUUUACAGGAUAAAACUACUGAGGAAAAAUGAGAAGAAAAGGAAAACUUACCUGAUGUUGAAAUGGAGAGUGAAUCAGGUCAGGUGGGAAAAGUAUUGGAAUUUUUGUCUGAUUUUGAUCUUAGUGCUUCUCCGAAUUUGCAAUUUCUUGAAGAGAAUUUAUCGGAGUCCUUAAGUCCCGUGAGUGAGGAAGGGCAUCUUCAUGUGACUGGUGAGGAGAGUCCUGCAGGUAAAAUGUCGCAGGAAGGGCUCACGGUAAAGAGAAAGACUGGUUUUGAGUCUCUUUCCAGAGGAGAGAAAUUGUAUAGAUCUUACAAAGGGAAGUCCAUUCAAGAGCUAAAGGAAGUUGUAAGUGAUUGGUCAGAUGAGGAAGAAUAUGGUAAAUUAGGCAAAUAUUUCGAAGAAAUUCCUAAUAAGAAAGAAGCUCGGAAAAAGAUUUUGAGGUACAUUAAGAAUCUAAAGUGACUCUUUUAAAAUUAGAAAAUAUAUAUAUAUAAAAAUAAUAAAAUGAUUGGUUUCUAUGAUUAUGUAAAGUGAUUGGUGGUUUUCCUACUGUAUUGCUUUAUUACUGAUUGAAACCUUACUGAGUCAGAGGUGCCCAGGAACAUUGCCCCUUGGCCUUGUAGCAUCGGCUAUCAGCCUUAAGCUACAUGCUGCUUUUGGGGGGCAUUCUAUCCUGGGCAACGGGAGACGAUCACCCAUCACUACAGCGGUAACCCUUAUCGAAGGGAGAAACUGUGAGCGGCUCUACGAUGGCGGCGAAGGAAGAAUCGGUUCCUGUCUUUGUCCGAGUCAAGAACACGGUCCGAAUCCUAGCGGCUGAUCCUUUGAAUCUGGAGAAGAACCUGGCUUUCAUCGUGCAGGUGAUCUUGGAGGAAUUCGGCAGGGUAUCCAGGAGGGAGAUCCUUGCGAUACAAGAUUAUCCGAAGAAGGGGAUAUACGAUGUCACCUUUGAUGGAGAAGGAGUUUUCCGCAGCUUUCUGAGCAUCUUGGAGGCGAAUUCGGGAGAUCCUCGUCUGAGUGGGUUCAAAAUUUUCCCACACAUUACGGAUGAAGUCUUUUUGGUGGUUAAGUCGUACUCCCCUUUUGUGCCACUCAAGGAGAUAGAGUCGGUACUUGGUAGGUACUGCAAAAAACUUUCUUUUGUAGGUAAAAUCCUGAAUGAACUUGGAAUAUGGACUUUGAAAUACAGGUUUAAAGCUAUUUUCAAAGAGGGUUUGUUUCCGCCGGCGAGAUUUCGUUUGGGUACGGUAAACAUUGACUGUUUUUUCAGUGGUAUGCCAGAUUUUUGCAGGAGGUGCCGGCAGUACGGGCAUAUAGCAGACGGAUGUUCGCUGUGCCAAGGCUGUGGUAAGGCUGGCCAUGAAAUAACAAACUGUUCUUCCCCAAAGAAAUGUAAUUUUUGUUUCCAGGAAGGUCAUUUGUAUGCAACCUGUCCAACAAGAAAGGUAAGCUCUGAGGAGACUGUGGCUAUUCCGGGUAAGUCUUCUGUUCAGGCUGAAUCUGCUUCUAAACCCCAUGAAGAGGAGGAUAUCACUGAUCAAGCUUCACAAAGUGGGCCUAAAGUAAAGCGUUCAAAAGAAAAGAAAGAGAGAGAUAAAGAAAAGAAAAGAAGGAAGGAGACCCCGGAUGUAAGUCCUUCUGGUGAUUCAUUAGACUCUUUUCUUGAUUCUAUUUCCAGGGGUGAAAGACUUUAUGAGGCAUACAAAGAUAAAACAAAUAAAGAAAUUUCAGAGAUUUUGGAGGCAUGGUCAGACGAAGAAGAAUUUCAAGGUAUACAUGAGUGUAUUAGUAAGACUCCUGAAAAGAAGGAUGUUAGGGCUGCAGUUUUGAGCCAUAUUAGGGAAUUUAAGUAAAUUUUAAAUAAAAUAAAAUAA